AGGUUAAGUAUUUUGCAUGAAUCUAUUCAGUGACAACUCUAGCAGAAGUGCAGCACCGCAAGUGCUCUGUAUGCUCCUGUGAGCACUAAGAAAGGUUCACUACAGCUCACCUUCCUCCCAUUUGCUGAACAGCACUUCCCCUUCUGACAGUGCUUCAGCCCCUAAUGGAAGAAAAAAGUGUUACAACAGAGGUUCCAGCAGCCCUACAGCACCUGGCCAAAUACAUCGUGCGUGGUUUCUAUGGAGUAGAGUUCUGCCUGGCCUUUGAUGUGCUGAUCCGCUACCGCUGUGUGAAGGAGGAUGACUUGCUGCAGUUGCUCAAGUAUGAACAUAAGCAGCUGCGCACCAUCCUCAACACGCUCAAGGCAGACAAGCUCGUGAAGCUGCGUAUGCGAGUUGAAACAGGGCCCAACGGGAAGAGCACGAGGCACAAUUAUUACUACAUCAACUACAAAGUGCUGGUGGACGUGGUAAAAUACAAACUGGAUCAUAUGCGCCGGAAAAUAGAAGCAGAUGAGCGGGAUUCAACCACCAGGUCCUCUUUUAAAUGUCCAUCAUGCUCCAGCACUUACACAGACCUGGAAGUCAAUCAGCUCUUUGAUGUGUUUACAGAGACUUUCCGCUGCACCUACUGCAACGCUGAAGUAGAAGAAGAUGCCUCGGCGCUUCCCAAGCGCGAUGCUCGAACCUUGCUAGCAAAAUUCAAUGAGCAGAUGGAACCCAUCUUUGUGCUGCUGCGGGAGAUUGAAGACACUAUUCUGACAUAUGACUUGCUGGAACCUCAGCCUGCAGAGAUACCAGAAUUAACACAGAGCUUUGAUCAGGUGGAGUCAAGCAUGCUAGAAUCUUGCAGCCAACUUGAAAAAUUGGCCAACAGAAGUUCCUCUUCUGGCAAUAUGUACACUCAAAACUUCGUUAUUGAUAUCCAAGACUCCGAGCCCAAGAAGAGGAGAAAAGAGAAAGCAACCAAAGAACAACCUGUCUGGAUGUCACAGAGCACCAUAGAAGGAGCAACAACAGCCAGUAACAGUAGCAUUGGAGUAAAGGCUUCUGAAGAAAGUGUUAAAGAAACUCUUACUGGCAAUGAAAUCAUCAAGACUCUUCUGAUGCAUGAAUUCAAGUCAUCAUCAUCAAGCACAGACCAGGCUCCUGUUGUCAAAAGCAAAGUACCUGAACCAGACAGUGAUAGUGAGUCUGAAGAAGAGGCCAAGCAUUCAAGAGCAGGAAUGAAAACAGCAGGCAGCAACUGUGACCAAGAGAAGGAACAGGAAAUGCUGAGUCCUAUUUUAAUGGUAGGUGGUCAGCCUCAUUCAUAUGGUGAAGUCUGUGAAAAUCCAGACCUUGUCUCUCUAAUGACGAAUGAGGAGAGAGAAGCUUACAUAAAAGUAGGGCAAGAAAUGUUCCAGUCAGUCUUUGAAUAAAUACUACUGCAAGAUGUUAAACUGCAUAGAAGGAGCAAAGCCUUCUGAAAUAAACCAGUUAGGCUAAUGGUUUAACAAAUGUCACUCAAAACUUAAAGAGUUAAGUUUUGUUUGAAUUCCUUGCUAUGAAGCAAGGUAGUAAUCUUGUAGCUGGUAACUACAGUUCAAAACACUGUAUUAUAGCAAAAGUAACCCAAAGUUGUUAUGGGUUUUCUGUUGUCUUGCAGCACUCACAAAGCUGAAUCAUUCACUUGUUUUGGAUCACAAACUGCUUUGAGAUAAAAUGGGGAUCUGAUUAAAAUCAAGUUUCAGAAGUAAUACUGUAAUUUAUUUUAAGAAAAUAAUUAUUUCACCCUUCUCCUAGAAGUUGCAGAUGCUUCCAGUGGUGGAAGUUAGUCAAAGCCUGUCCUAGGUUGAGCCUUAUGUGUUUAAGGACCAUGGAGUACAGACAUCCAAGACAUGGUCCAGAAUGGCCAGGAGUAGUCAGGAAUUUGUAACCCUUAGGUAUUUCACUCCCAUAAUUAUCUUACUUUAUUUAGGCUGACAGCAAAGCCAGUUCAUUCUCUUUGUUCUCUCCGCUCUCCUGUCUGUUAACAAUGUGGGGAUAUCAUAGGCCUGUUUGGCCUGACUGAAGGCGACACAAUUCAGACCUGGCGGCUAGAGCUAGCCUACCAAAGGACCGGGGAAGAAAGAGCACUAGGUCUUAUGGAGAACUCCACAUGGGAGAAGAAAAACGGUUCUGGGUUUUUGGUCUGUUUGGAGAAUGUUUGGGCUUGAUGGGAUUCUGUGUGUAUUUCAUAUGCUUCUGCACUGCUUUGCAUGGUAGUUUGUAGUUAGCAGUAGCACCUUCCAUUUAAUCCCUGAAUAUAUUCUGUAUUUCUAUCCAA